CGGGAAUGCCCCAUUAUAUCAUGCUCACGGUCACGGAGCCCUUAAAUGUUAAAUCAUAAACCAACCCCUGUUUAGUGAACAUUGCUAAAGUGUGGUCUCGGGUUUACGCACUGGAAUAUCUGAGCAGUAUUCCGUCACAAAUGGCGACGAUACUAGAGCUAGUAACGGGCGAUUCGCUCAGUAGCUAGCUAGUUCAGUAAUCAGUACUCAGUAGUCAGUAGGUUGGGUUGGGUGGGUGGGUGCAUAGCAUCAAGCAAAGCAUGGCACCCAUCCAUUCUUACUCUUCCACGAUCCCUCCUCCUUCCCUCUUCUGUUGAUAAUUUAUUACAUUUCUAUUUGGAAGCUGGCCUGGAUCCUCUUGCAUUUGCAUUUCCGACCAAUCACAGCCCCAUCUCCCCCUCAGCUAUUGAAUCGUGAUCAAUUGCGAAACAGAUUAAGGAGAUUCAGGGCGGGGGAGAUGGAGAGCUAUGAGGUGGACUACUGUUGCUUUUCCGUUGUGGUUUAUGUCUUUAAUUUUGUUAUUGUUUUGUGUUAUAGCAGAGCCAUGAACCUGAUACACAAGCUCAUGCACUUGUUUCUUCCUCCCCUUAUUCUUCUCACUUCGUCUUUCACCUUAUCUCUUGUAAUCCUGUUCAACUUCAUCUAUUCUUUCUUGAGACCAGCCCUACCCAUAGAGAACAUGACAGGAAAAGUUGCUCUCAUCACUGGAGCUUCUUCGGGGAUUGGAGAGCACAUUGCUUAUGAGUAUGCCAAGAAAGGAGCUUCUCUGGUCCUUGUGGCGAGAAGGGAGAACAGCCUCCGAGAAGUAGCUAGGAAGGCUGUUCAGCUGGGCUCUCCUGAUGUUCUGGCUGUUCCUGCAGAUGUCUCCAAGGUCCAUGAAUGCAAGAAAUUUGUCGAAGAAGCCGUGAACCACUUCGGUCGAUUGGAUCAUCUGGUGUGCAAUGCCGGGAUCAUCAGCUUUUGUGCAUUCGAAGACAUAACCGGUAUUGGGAAUUUCACACCUCUGAUGGAUAUCAACUUUUGGGGAUCAAUUUAUACCACUUCGUUUGCAAUUCCUCACCUCAAAAAGACUAAAGGCAAGAUCAUCGCCAAUGCUUCAUCUUCGGGCUGGUUGAUCUCACCAACGUUGAGUUUAUAUGGUGCAAGUAAGGCGGCAGUAAUAAACUUUUACGAAAGAUUGAGAAAGGAAUUGGAACCUGAUGUGAAAGUAACUAUUGCUGCUCUUGGGUUCAUAGAAUCGGAGAUGAGCCAAGGCAAACACCUAGACAAUGAAGGUGUAGUCAAAGUAAACCAAGAAAUGAGAGAUGUAUCAAUAGGCAUACUCCCAAUUCUGAGUGUAGGGAAGUGCGCAGAAUCCAUAGUGAACAAGGCAUGCCGAGGAGAGAGGUACGUGAUAGAGCCACCGUGGUUCAAAGUAUUGAUACUCAUCCAAUUCCUGUGCCCAACGUUGUUGGAAUGGGCGGUUCACUUCCUUUAUGUAACCAAGUCGGGUACGCCUGUCACAAAUGCACGAAACAAGAAAAUUUUGGACGCAAUCGGUGGCAAGAAGUUCCUGUAUCCUUCUUCAAUCCUAUCAUCUCAAAUAAAAAAAGAUUAAAUUUUCAAGCUAAGGGGGUCCUACUGACUUCUCUCUUCCUCAUAUCUCUAUAUAUAGAUGUUGCCUACUUGCCUCCAUCAUUCUAUAUAUCUGGGUCCAAGAGCAAGAGGGUCCUCUCAUCUCCUUCAUAUUAUCCAUUUUCCAUAUAUAUGUUUUGGUUGCAUUUCUGUUUUGAUUCUAUUCUAUCAUAUAUAAAUGUAUAAUGUUGGUAUAAGAGAAAAGGGUUCGAGGUAAUUUUGAACAAGUGUCAACUUAAAUUACAAGAUAUACAAUUCAUUAGCGAUUUGAUUA